ACCACCCGGAGAGUCUGGUAAAUAUACGUUUUUUUCCAAAAUUAUAAAUCAGUUUAUUAUUUAUUAACAUGUUAUAGUUAAUAUUCGUUUUAAAAAAGAGGUCAGCAAAAUGUAAACAAGAUAGCGCCCUCUGACGGUAACAGACACUAAUGUGACUCUUUACCAGAGUCUCUGCUGGUCGGAGUUUACGGAGGCAGCCGAGCGUCUAGUUGAAUGAGACUAGUAUCUUUACCAGACUCUCUGGAUAGUCGGAGAUUUACGGAGACAGCCGAGUAUCUGAGACUACAUUUUUGUUUACUUGGGCGAAAGAACUGUUUGCUGUUUACUGCUUUUACACAGAAGAUCGGUCUAGAGCACUGCUUUUAUUGAAUCUUCGAAGGAAAGGGAUAUGUUACAUUGAGCUUUAACAGAUUAUAGAAAGAAGAAAUGGAUGUAUCCUAUCAAGUUUUAAACAGAAUUGGUGAGAACCAAGACGAUGGAUGCGGACUGAUUGGAAAAAACUCAGUACUGGCGAAUUCACAGCAGGAAAACAGAGAACAAAUAGGUGGAAUCCGAAUGAAAUAUAAAAAGACUUUGCUGGUCACUACGUAUACCCUACUAAUGGUUCUGUUGGUUGGAUUCAUUACAUUUGCUGUAUUAUUCGGCACUGAGAAAGACUUUGCUAACGAUUUACAAAGACAAGUGGACUGUAUAAAGAAAGAUUGGAAAUGUUUGAAUGACACACCUGUGGACUGCAGAGACCUCUAUGAUAAAGGUGUCAUAGUGUCUGAUGUUUAUAUCAUUUGUCCAUGGAAAAGAGAGGAGACAAACUUACAUUGUGUACAAGUCUACUGUGAUAUGGCUACAGAUGGCGGGGGAUGGACAGUUAUACAAAGAAGACAGUCCGGUGAUGUGAGCUUUGAACGAAAUUGGGAAGAAUAUAAGAUGGGCUUUGGAGAUGUUUCUACAAGCUACUGGAUUGAAGACAGGGUAAGUAAUGUUCCACCAGAAGACGUGAUCAAUGGGGCAAGAUUUAGUACUUAUGACAGGGAUAACGACCAAGCCAACAGGUUUAGUUGUGCUGUUAAACACCAGGGAGGAUGGUGGUACAAUUAUUGCCAUGAUGUGUACCUUAAUGGCCCGUAUGGCUCUGCUGAGUGGCCUCAACCUUGGUUUCCACUCUUAUCUGAUGGAUCUAAUAUAACCAAUACAAGAAUGAUGAUCAGGAAUGAAAAAAAGUCAUAAUAUAAAGUUUGUCAGCGAGGAUUCCCUCAAAAGCACUGUCUAUGCAUGCGAUUUAUUCUUAAUUGAUGUGAAUCUUCCAGAAUGUUAAAAAGUUCAAUUUACCUCUGCUGUUGAGGCAUAUUUCUUUUCUGUGUUAUACAUUAUUGUUUAAAAGGUUUUGCUUCAGACAUUUCGUUGCACAAGUAAGUACUGGUGAGAGGUUAUAGUUACGUACUAAGUAAACCAUUUUCUGAAAAAAGAAUAGAAAACAACUAGACUUCACUUAUGAUAAAUUACGGGGAAACAACAGUCUGUGGUCUAUAACAGCAUGUUAAAUUUUUUUUUAAACCUUCCCAAUGGUCAUGUCUCUUUUUGAUUGUUGGCUUCAACAUUUGUAAUUGCAUUUUCCCCGAAAACGCAUUAAAAAUGGAUUCUAUCAUUCUUGUUC